AAAAAAAAAAAAAAAAACCCUCUCAGACUGAAAACCCAAACACCACUCCAAUGGGUCUUCUUCUUCUUCUUCCUCUUCUUUUUCUUCUUCGUUGUCAAACAAAAGCCCUAGAAGUCACCCCUCGAGACGAGCACAACCUCCACCGUGCGAUCAGGGAGCGAUGGCUCUCGGCGGCCCCCGCCUGAACCCCCAUUUCACGGCGGAGAAGGCUGUGGCGGCGAUCGGCCUCGGAUAUGAUCUCUGCUACGAUCUCAGGCUCUCUUCCUGCAAGUCUGGGCCUUCUGGGUCGAGGCUGAUCGAGCUGGACCAGACCCAGACUCGGGACCUCGUGGUUCCCGGCGGCGUGGUCGUCCCGCACGUGCCCACCUCCAUCAAGUGCGACAAAGGCGAGCGCACCAGGUUUCGCUCCGAUGUCGUUUCGUUUCAUCAGAUGUCGGAGCUAGUUAAUCAGGAAAUGGCAUUAUCGGGCAAAAUUCCAUCGGGGCCAUUCAAUUCAAUGUUCGACUUCAAGGGGUGCUGGCAGAAGGACGCAGCUGCAACAAAGAGUCUUGCAUUUGAUGGUUGGUUCAUAAGUCUGUAUAACAUCGAAUUAGACAGGUCCCAGAUAACGCUGUCCAAGCAUGUCAAACAAGAAGUGCCUUCUUCAUGGGAUCCCGCUGCCCUUGCUGAGUUCAUUGAAAAAUAUGGUACUCAUGUUGUUGUUGGGGUAAAGAUGGGAGGUAAGGAUGUAAUUCACAUAAAGCAGUUAGAAAAUUCAAAUCUGCAGCCCACUGAAGUGCAGAAAUUGUUAAAGGAAUGUGCUGACAAGAGAUUUUCUGAAGAUGUGAAUGGAAGUUUCAUAUCGAACCCUGCUGAAAUAUCAGGAAAACUGAAGGAAGAACACUCUAUGCCCUGGGAUCUUCGUAACGGUUUUGGUGCCUCAGUAAGGCCACCUGAUAUCACUUACUCAAAGAAUGAGGAUAUAAUGCACAUCUGUGUCCGAAGAGGAGGUGUUGAUCUCAGCCAAAGUCAUAAUCAAUGGCUUUCAACCAUAUCGCAGUCUCCUAAUGUCGUAUCGAUGUCCUUUGUUCCUAUGACUUCACUCUUGACUGGUGUCAAAGGAAGUGGAUUUCUAAGUCAUGCUGUGAAUUUGUACCUUAGAUAUAAACCACCAAUAGAGGAACUCCAUCACUUUCUAGAAUUUCAAUUGCCUCGACAAUGGGCUCCAAUGUAUGGUGAUCUGCCUCUUGGUCUUAGGCACAGAAAACAAGCAUCCCCAUCACUUCAGUUCACUUUCAUGGGUCCCAGGCUUUAUGUUAACACCAUGCAGGUUGACUCUGGAAAUCGGCCAGUGACAGGGGUCCGGUUAUACUUGGAAGGCAAGAAAUGUGACCAUCUUGCAAUUCAUCUUCAGCAUCUCUCAACUCUUCCCAAGAUCCUCCAACUCUCAGAUGAUCACAGUUAUGAGCCCACAGAGGAGCCGAUCGAACGAGGCUACUUUGAACCUGUUAAGUGGAACAUAUUCUCACAUGUCUGCACUGCCCCAAUACAGUACAUCUCUCACAUUGAUGACUCUGCUUCUAUUGUGACAAAGGCCUGGUUUGAAGUCAAGGGUAUUGGAAUGAAGAAAGUUUUGUUCCUGAGGCUUGGAUACUCCAUGGUGGCAUCUGCAAGGAUACGUAGAUCAGCAUGGGAUGGAACCACAAGUUCAUCUCGAAAGUCAGGAUUCAUCUCAAUGAUGAUUAGCACAAGAUUUAGUGCAGGACUGAAUCCACCUGAUAAGCCAGCCAAGGUGGAUAUGAAUUCAGCAGUUUAUACCGGUGGACCGCCUUUACCGACAAGGGCUCCGAAAAUGUCAAGCUUUGUAAAUACAAAGGAAAUGGUGAGGGGCCCAGAGGACCCGCCUGGAUAUUGGGUGGUCACCGGAGCCAAGCUGUGUGUAGAGGGUGGCAGAAUCUCAAUCAAAGUGAAAUACUCACUGUUGACCAUAAUGUCAGAGGAGUCAAUAAUGUUGAUGUGAGAAAACCGAACAGGGAACAAAAGCAAUUUUUUCCCUUGUUUGUAGAUGUGUCAUGUACAUUUUGUAUUUAAAAUCGGCUUCAAUAUUAUUAUUUGGCGCAAAGCCGUAUAAGAGAUA